ACUAAAAAUACUGAAAUUCACAGUUAAAGGACAAAUAAACAUGAUUUUCAUGUAUGCAAAUGAACCGUAUGUCAUUGGUACAGUGUCUCUGAGCUGUGGAUCAUAAUCGUACAGCUUCAUAUGUGAACGGAUGAAUCUCUCUCUUCUCUUGGACUGUGGACUUUCAUCUCAAGAAUGUAAUAAGAAAAUGAUUUAAGAUUUAAGAUUUACUACCAAAAUCUGUUGAAUCGAAAAUUCAACACUUGCAUCUUUAUCAGGCUGUUUUUAGGAAUUAUGUCUCGACAAAAGCAGAAUUUGCUGUGGCUGAUGAUCGUCUGUUGUGCAUCACACCAGAUAAGCUGCUCAAAAAUAAUACUAGUUGGCGACAAUUUGACAGAUACAUGUUUCGGGGACUCAUGUAACAAAGAUAUUAAUCUGACAUGUCCAUCAGGUUGUCAUACAAAAAUAGAGAAUGUUUGCACAAUGAAUGUCAAAAUAAACACAUCUUCUCUAGGACACUGUGAAACACGUGGCAAUAAACAUAGUUUCAACAUAGCAAACUAUGGAGGGAAAUAUGAAGUAAGAAUGAAUGAGACGACUGAAGACAUGGAGCUGUGUUUUUUGCCAAAUGAAUCAAAAUGUCAGCUAUCAAAGGUCCCGGUAGACACUUUGAUUUGCAACACCACAGCCUCCGCCUGCACCCUAAAUGCAAACCCAAACACAGGUUGUCUGAAAUUACCUUCUGUUGAUCCAAAUAAGACAUGUGAAAAAGCUUCAUAUGACAGUGAUCUAUGCAGCAGGAAAGAAGGAAGCAAAUAUGUUCUGCAUUUAAACGGGAGUGAAUGGAUGUGUGUCAGCUGUGAUGAUGAAAGAUCAACUACUGUCAGACCGACGUCACAAACCACCACUAAAAAUCCAACUACACGUUUCACACCAAUGUCACAAACCACCACUAAAAAUCCAACUACCAGUUUCACAGCACCCAAGAUAACUUACAAUCCAACUAUUAGUUCCAAACCAUCGGUGACAAUCCAACUACCAACUACCAUUCUCCAAACAUCUGAGAUAAUUUACAAUCUAACUACAGAUGAUCUAAUAGACACGGAUGGAUUUAUUAAUCCCUCAAAAGCAUCAGAUGCCAUGAACAAUCUGGAGUCUAUAAUGGAAGAGAACAAUACAAGCAAUGCACAGAUCAUCAUGGGGGAUGUUAUUGGUCUUCUUCACAUACAAGACGAGAACACAGAAACCAGAGACAUGUGUUACUCUUCAGAUCCAAACAGGAUAGAUUUUGUUGACUGUCAAAGUGACUGGAAGACAGACAUUCCCUGGUCUGUAAAGAUUCCCAGUGAGGCCUUUAAUAAAUCAAGACUGGAACACAAAGGCAGGGCAUCACUGGGAGUUCUACGGUUCAAAAACAUGGGAAAGGAUGAAACUAAAAAUUACACUGUUUUAAACAAUGAGGUUUAUGGAAUAACGAUGUGCACCAAUAUCUCCAAUCUUGCCAACAAUAUAGAAAUGUUCUUUACACAGAAUGAUCUGGUCGGUGAGGCAUCCUGCAGAUCUUGGGAUGGAAAAGGAAAUCUUACAUGGACGACGUCUGGCUGUGAGACAGUAAAAGUCGACAAUAACACCAUAAAGUGCUCGUGUUCACAUCUGACGUUCUUUGCAGUGCUGAUGUCUCUGCCAGAUAGAAACAUCACAGCGCCGUAUGUGAAAUCAUUGAGCUUCAUCACUUCUAUCGGCUGCGGCAUCUCCAUGUUUUUUCUGUCCGUCGCUCUGUUCAUGCAUUUCCUGUUACGGAAAGCCAAAUCAAAUCAGGCCACGAAGAUCUUGAUGAACAUGUUUGUGGCUUUGUUUCUCCUGGAUUUAUCCUUUUUGUCAAACGAGAGCGUCGCCAACACAGAAGUCAAGGCUGCGUGUGUCUUCAUAGCGCUGCUCAUGCAUUACUCCAUGCUGACUACAUUCACCUGGUUCUUCAUUCAAGCUCUUCAUAUGUACUUAUGGCUCAUCAGACAGAACGUCACCAUCACAAACUACAUGAGGAAGAUCACCGUGUUCGGCUGGACAUUUGCAGCUCCAAUAGUCAUAACUGUAGUUUCAUUUGGAGGAUAUAAAGCAGUGAUUAUAAACACAACAUCUGGAAAUAACACACAAAUGUGCUGGACUACAGAUCCUUUAAUUCACUACAUAGUGAACAUUGGCUACUACGCUUUAGUCUUCAUCUUCACGGCUGGAAUCUUCAUCAUGAUCGUCACUAGGAUUGUCCAAGCCCGACACAUAAGAGCACCUGAUGGCAAGAGAAAGACGUUCAGAAAGCAGCUCAUGAUGGUGUUGAGUUUGUUCCUGCUCUUCGGCCUGACGUGGGCUGUGGCGUUCUUCAGUUAUGGAGUGAUGCUCAUUCCCUCAUAUUACAUCUUCACUGUGCUGAACUCAUUUCAGGGGUUUUUCCUCUUCCUGUAUUACUACAACAUUCACAAUGACGUUGGGGGAAAUUUCUCUGAUGAUCCAGAAGGCUCCGGCUCCACCACAACCAUCGUUCAAUCCAGAAAUAAUGCUGUGGAAAAUAUUUAUAAUAAGCAUAAUUAAGACAUGAUGCUUUCUUUGACUUUCUAAGAUUGAUGUGUACAGUUGUUGUUUAAGGGGAAACUGUAUUUUCACCAAAAUCAGACCCAAGAACAACAUAAAGACAAAUGUCACUACUGAAUGAGAGGGAACUGUGUAAAUGAUGUAUGUACAUAAAAUUAUGAUCUAAAAAGGGCCAACAUUACUGAAAUCACUCAAAACAAAUAUCUGUGAUGAUCAUUACUGAAACUGUCUGUUAUUGUGAGAGGAUUGAAUUUUGUUGAAUAUUAUUGAUGUUAGAUUUAUUGAGUGUUAUAAUCAUCCUGCUUUCCUGUAUGUUUGAGCGUAUGGAUGACAGUGACACAAACUAUACUGAACCUCUUUCAGAAAACAAAUUUACAUCUUCAGGAUGAAAGUCACACGCCUGGGGUGUCAGAUAUUUGCAUGAUCACGCGGAACAUUUUUGUGGAACAUAUUUGGUUAUUAAAUUCAAGACAAGAAAACAUGUCAAAAUCAGCUAAUAACUUCUACAUUAUUUAACAUGACUUUAAUGUGUUUUAUCUCUGAGAGACUCUCAUGUGAUUGUAAUGAAACUAAUAAAAUCUGUAAGUAAAAUGUCUUAAUCAUGACUAACUUUCAGCAGCUCCAAAAACAUUUAGCCUAUUCAAAUUAGUCAAAGUUGUAAAAAUGUGAAUAUCAUUCAUUAAGUGACCAAAUAUCACAGCAAGUGCCUUUAUUAAAAGGACAUAAAGACAUAAAAACUUUAUGAACAGCAUAUCAGCAUAUACAUUUGGUUUAUUCCUAUGAAUAGUGUUAAAACAUUUUGUGUACGGGAAUAUGAAUCUAUUGCAAAAUAAUCUAAAUAUUGUCUAAU